AUGAAGCUCAUAGUUUGUGCUUUCUUACUUUCCCUUGCUGCAGCUAUCCAAGUAGUCCCAGUCCCAAGCCCUUCUGAUGGAUUCAUUCAAGGUCCUUCCCGCUCCAACUACACUCUCGAAGUUUUUAUCGAUUUUCUUGAUACAAGAUCAGCUACAGCCUUUCCAGCUGUGUUAAGUUAUUGGUCUUCACAAAAAGGAUGGCUAGAACUGAUCAUUCAUCAAUUCCCAAUGUCAUACAAUCUCUUCUCAUUCCCUGUCUCUCAAGCUGGAAGAUAUAUCCAACAAAACUACAGAACCAAAUAUAUGGACUUUGUGAAUUAUUGGUUUGCCCAUCAACAGUCCUUCAUUUCAAGCAUUGGUACACUUGACUUCCAAACUGCUAAUGCUAAAAUUGCUCAGCUCACCAACGCUGCAACAGGAGUACCUAUAACUGGUAUCACUAAUGCGCUUACUUCGGCAAUGAGCAAGCAUCAAAAUUAUAUGAAAAAAAAAUUAAUUUUUCCUUCAAAUAUUACACAUCAAGCAUAAAUUUAUAACUAUUAUAUCCAAUUGUUUCUAUAGUAAAAUUUUUCAUAUAUAUUUUAUUCUUUGUGAAAGAUAAAGGCUUGAUUUUCUAAUAGAUUUUUCAAUGCCCCGCUAGGGAAUUAGUAACCAAACAGUCAACUGGAGCACCAGAGUUUCAUGGAAAUAUGGCGCAACAAGAAAUCUUCCUGGAGUCCCAUCAUAUUUGGUAAACGGUGUGUGGGUGCCUGAUGCGUAUAAUUUCACUAGCGUUUCUGACUGGACGAAUUUCUUUAAUUCACUUAACUAA